AAAGGGGCAGAAACCAUGAAGCUCUUCUGGCUGAAAAAAAAUUUCUUUUAUUGAUUGUAUACAAACACAUGAGAUUCUGGUCAUUUGGAACGAUACUGUGGAGUCACUGUAAAGACACAAUAUAACGACCAAAUGCUCUCUCAUGUGGAGGCUGAAAUAUUAUAAUCAAUGCGUAUUCUGCAAGUGAUGUCGAAUUGACUUAAAUUGGUUCAACGAGAUCAAAUUUGUGUCAGUCUUGUGUGAUAGCAAUUCCCCGCACAGAGUUAUUUCAACCACUGAAGCUCUUAAACGUGAUCCUCUUGAGAAUCAUCCCUGGAUCUUGGGUAAAGCUCUUUCUGGAGCAGGUUUAUCCUGAAGGAUUCUGACGAAAAGAGUGCAGUGAGGCAAAAUUUGUCCAUGUUUGCUUAACUGAGGAGUGUUAGUGCAAAGACCUUGUGAUGAGAUCCAUUGAGUGGAGAUACAGUGACAGUGGUUCCUACGGUGAUGGAUGCAAAUUGGGUGUAAACAGAAGUACUGGACGCCUUCAGUGGUGUCCAGGAAGCAGAUGCAUAAGAUUUCUUGUUCUAAUUCCCGCCACACUGCUUUCCAUUAUUCUAAUCUGUGUCCUCUUGACUCACUUUGACAUGUCCAAGACUGUUUCACAUAGCUCUCACAACAUAAUCACCAUCAACACAAAUCCCCAGAAUAGAAAUCAGGCAGCAGAAGCUGAGGAAUCCCAGAAGAAAUGCCAUGUAAUCCGAUUUAGAGUACAUGAAGCUCUCGAUAUUGGAGAGAAUGAUCUGCUAAAAGACAUUAGGACAUCCUUUAUUCCCUCAGAAUCUGUGAUUGUGCCCCCAAAAUGUCUCAAUGAGGAUGAGGAUGCAAAUGAAAAUGAGGAAACAAGUUCAGAAGCCACAGAAAGUCAAGAAACCGUUGAAGAACUCGAUGUUACCAUUGACACCAAAGACAAUUCUCAAUUAAUUAGUUUGUACCACAGAUUUAAGAGGAACAUCAAUGAUACUCUCAGAGAAGCUGAACAGGAUCUCCUGUCCACAGACAAGGAAGGGAAUAAAACCACAGAAGAGCAGCAAGUCAAUGUGGAAGAUAAGGUUCCAGUGGGAGAUUUUAGUUCCUUCUGGCAAGAAAAUAGAGCGACUCCAGCUUCAAUCCGGGAAUCCCAAGCUCAGACAAUGAAACAGUACAUGGACCUAAGUGUUGAACCUUGUGAAGAUUUUUACCAAUAUACCUGUGGGAAUUGGGAAAAGAUGAACCCUAUUCCCAAAGACAAGUCUAUUUAUGACACCUUUGAAAAGCUCCGAGAGAGCUUAGAUUCUGUCCUAAAAGAACUUUUGGAAUCCCCAAUUGGAUAUCCUCCAGCCAUAGAACCUACCGAGCCAAUCACUCCUGAACCCACGAUCCUUCUCGAUAAUGUCCAGGAUCUCGAUGUCAAGGCAAGGAGGGCUGAGAAGAGAGUCAAUGGGAAUGUCGGUGGCCGCAAAAGGCGUCACCAAUACCACUAUGAACAUGCAGAUGUGGCAGAUGAUGCUGAAAUCAAAGCCAACCAACUCUAUGGAUCCUGCAUGAAUCAUGAUCUGUUGGUAGAGAGAGGAGUUGCUCCUUUGUUAGAGCUCCUUGACAAUUUAGGCGGUUGGCCAGCAUUGAAUCCCCUCUGGAAUGACUCUGAUUUCCAUUGGCUAAAUCUCACAGCUCGCUUGAGAGUCUACAACAAUGACAUCCUGAUCAUGGAGUGGGUAGGACCAGAUAUCAAGAACUCGGAUGAAAAUAUCAUCCAAUUUGAUCAAACCAGCCUGGGAUUGCCGACAAGGGAUUACUUUAUCCAUGAAUCAAAUGCUGUUUAUUUGGAUGCUUACAGAGAAUACAUGGCAAAGAUUAUAGAGCUUCUGGGAGCAAAUGAAGAAUCUGCAGAGAAAACAGCUUCUGAAAUUGUUGAUUUUGAAAUCCUUUUGGCAAAGAUUACAAUGCCACCAGAAAAGCGCCAAAAUGUAUCUCUCCUCUAUCGCCGAAUAAAUAUCUCAGAUCUCAUGGAACUAAUACCCGGGAUUGACUUCCAGUACUAUCUGACCAUUGUACUGGAACGACCAGUGACCGAGAAUGAGACUGUGGUGAUGUACGCAAUGGAUUACAUGAAGCAACUGGUGCAACUUCUGAGCGACACUCAACCACGCACCAUUGCCAAUUAUUUACUCUGGAGAUUUGCCAGGCAUCGCACAGGCAAUUUGGAUGAUCGAUUUCAAGAGGCCAAACAGAAAUUCUACUUCUCCCUCUAUGGCAGAGAACAGUCUCCCCCUCGAUGGAAAAAUUGUGUAACUCAGGUGAACACAAUCAUGGGCAUGGCUUUGGGGGCCAUGUUCGUGCGGAAGUACUUCGAUGAGAACAGCAAGGAAGACACUCUCCUGAUGACCCAGGAACUUCAAGAAAGCUUCAGGGAGAUCAUCAAUGAGACAGACUGGAUGGAUUUGCCCACGAAGCACCUGGCAGAGGCCAAAGUGGAUGCCAUGUCCUUGAAAAUUGGCUAUCCAGAUUACAUUCUCUCACGCAGUGAACUCAAUGCUAAAUAUAUCGACAUGAAAAUAGAUCCGCACAAUUAUUUUGAAAAUUCCCUAAAUGUUCUCAAGCAUCUCACAAGGACAGAACACUCAAAAUUGGGACAGCCGGUCAAUAAAACAGCAUGGAAUACGGCGCCGGCCAUCGUCAAUGCGUACUACAGUCGAAAUAAGAAUCAAAUAAUGUUUCCGGCGGGUAUUCUUCAGCCACCAUUCUACCACAAAUACUUUCCACGUGCUCUCAAUUACGGCGGAAUCGGCGUAGUUAUCGGUCACGAGGUCACCCAUGGCUUUGACGAUCGAGGUCGCUUGUUUGAUAAGAACGGAAAUCUUCACAGGUGGUGGAGUGAAUCAGCAAUAACCAACUUUCAGCAAAGGACAAAUUGUCUGAUUGAUCAGUAUGGGAACUAUACAGUGUCUGAAGUGGGUAUUCCAGUGGAUGGGGCGAGUACUCAGGGGGAGAAUAUUGCAGACAAUGGUGGCAUGAAGCAGGCUUUCAGAGCUUACAUGAAGUGGCUCUCAAGACCAGAAAUUACUGCUGAAGAGAUAAAAGAUGAGACACUGCCAGGAUUUGAAAAUUAUACAAACACUCAACUAUUUUUCAUCAAUUUUGCACAGGUUUGGUGUGGAGCAAUGCGAAAAGCCGCCGUUGAAGUUAAGCUGAAAACAGCCGUUCACAGUCCCGGAAAAUUCCGUGUUAUCGGUACAGUAUCGAAUUCUGAAGAUUUCCAAAAAGCCUUCAAUUGCCCACCAUUAUCACCAAUGAAUCCUGCCCAGAAGUGCGGUGUCUGGUGAUGGUAGAAGAUGCUGCUGAGAGAACGCCAAAAGACGUCCCACUGUGAUUCAACUAUUAAUUUGAAUGUAUCUAUCAUUGUGAACAAAUGAAUGUACGAAAGGAUUGAGAUAUAAAUGACAAAAUUUAUUAGAAUCCCCCUGAAUUUAUUGCUAAUUGAUGGCCCGUUGACCUCUCCCAUGGAUACUCAAUAAUAUGGGAUUAUUUUGAGAUGAUAAAUGUCUCCUCCUGGCAAAAGUAAUCUUUGCGCAAUAAUAUCUUUUUUUAUUUGCCCCAUGUGAAAGACUCAUGGAAGCAAUUGCCUCAUUGUAAUGUAUUAUUCCAUUUAGUACAAAAUAGUCCCCUCUAACGAUUCAAUUACAUGUAAUUUAAACUUAAUUAUAUGAUUUGGUGUCAUCAAUAAAAGUGUUUUAAAGCUG